AUGGCAGAGUUUGUGGGAUCCCGAACGAAGUUGGCGGGGUACUGUACUACAUAUGUACGGGUACUACUAUACCACCGCUGGCUUCCAGACUACGACGUGGGAGAGAUUCCCCGGUUUCUCCAUCGCUCACCGUAUCGCGAGAGUCCUGACCGGGAAUACGAAAGCAGCGUGUCCGAGGCACUGCGCAGAAUCGAGCAGCGCGCGCUAGCGCAGAACGGACGGGAUCUGGUCGCGGAAGAAAGAAUAUGGCAGAUCAGAAUCGGGAAGCAGUUCACGAAAGAACAACGAGGAUCGGACUCGCACGCAUUCGAGGAGAAGAAUCAUGAGUGGAAGUACACGCUAGUCACCGACGACGAGGCGCACGGAUACAUAAGCAGCCUCUUUUCAACCGUUCCGGAUCUCGAGAACCUCUACAACUCGUACCCGUAUGAUGUCCUGCGCUCGGAUCUCCUCCGAUAUCUCAUACUGUGGUAUUUCGGUGGCUACUACGCAGAUAUGGACGUGUUUCCGGCCCAAUCGAUCAAGCAGUGUCGUACCCUACGCCCUAUCCUGUCGGACCUUCGCGCCGGCAGUGCGAACAUCUCUCUCCUAGUCGGGGUUGAAAUCGACGAGCCCUACGCGUCUACCCGGCUAAUGCACGACUGGCGCUGGAUCAGACGGUACGGCCUGAUCCAAUAUACCAUGUAUGCGCCGCAGCGAUUCAGCCCGUUCCUCCGCGAGGCCGUCGUCCGGGUAUUAGCACAUACAAGACAGCAUCACCGAUCCAGCAUCCCCAUUCUCGGACCGACAUACAGCCAGGAAACCAUUCUGGAAGUCACGGGGCCCGGCGUGUUCACCGAUGCAGUGUUGGAUGUCCUCUCCAACACAUUACCGCCAGCACACCCGUUGGUCGCAUCCUCGGUGGAAUCCGAUCUCGGAAUCGGCGAUCUCAUCGCUCCGGCGUCGGGCCAGGUCGCGAGGCGGGUGACGUGGGCUCCGUUCCACAAGAUCCGGGAGCCCGUCUGUGUCGAUGCGCAGGACGCCGCCGUCGGGUCGGCUAUGGGAGGACUGUGCGUUCUCCCUGUUAGUGUCUGGGGGAACGGACAGAGACACAGCGGCGCCGAGAAUUUCCAAGGCGCACACGCAUGCGUGAAUCAUCGGUUUGGGGGGAGCUGGAAGAAAGAGUGGUGGCGGCCCUAUUUUGGAUAGGUGGAUAGGUGGGUUUCUGAUCCACUCAUGCAUCAGGGAUAUAUGUUUCUUUCGAGUAUAUAUAUAUAUAUAUAUAUAUAUCCCCUAUUUGUUUCUCCACUAGCCAGUCUUGGCCGAACUUGGCAGGACCUUGGGAUGAGGACCUGGCACAGCGGAAUCUUUUCGUCGGAAGUGUUUCUUGGUGCCUUCCACUCGUGGCUGCGGUUGGAAGCGCCUACGUGGGAUAGACUGAAAGAGAAAUGUACCAUUCUAUCGCUGCGGAAGAAUUGCUUAAGAUCUACAAACCUAUGUAUUUCACGGGCAAGAUCAACGAAGAAUAUAAAAGAAAAGAAAAAAUGACAAGUAAAGCAGUCCUUAAUUUACAAUCGGCGG